UGAGUGGGCGUGGCUAAAGGGGCGAGGACUUCCGGCUUGGUGGACACGUGGUUCCGUGUCUGUCUGCCUGUCAGCGCGUGAAGCGCUUCAACCCUCUUCUUCUCCUCCUAAAACCUUCUCCUCUUCUCCUCCCUCCUCCUGGCGUCAACUUUCUUCUUAGCAGCGACCUUCCCUUCAAACCAGGAAAGUGUGAGAGUCAAAGUGUGUGUGCGCGCGCGCGUGUGUGUGUGUGUUAGUGUGUGUGUGACUGUGAAGUGUGAUAGAGAAGCAGCUACCGGUCCGUCCGCGGUCUCCCCUUCCACAACAUCCCGCCUCGUCUGUCGGACAUGACGCUGGAAUCGAUCCGCUACCGGAGCGGGUCUCUGCAGAUCCUCGAUCAGCUGCUGCUGCCUCAGCAGACCGUCUACGAUGACAUCCGCUCCGUGCAGGACGCCUACGAGGCCAUCAAGUCCAUGAAGGUUCGGGGGGCCCCAGCCAUCGCCAUCGUGGGCUGCCUCAGCUUGGCCGUGGAGUUACGAGCAGGUGCAGGUGGCGAUGACCCGGUGACCUUCAUCCGGGAGUCUCUGUGUCACCUGACCUCAGCCAGGCCCACCGCUGUCAACAUGGGCCGUGCCGCCCGCGAACUGAUGGAGUUUGCGGAGAACGAGAGCAUGGAGAAGAACUCUGAGCAGCUGAGAGAAAGUGUAAUAGCCUGGAUUGAAGACAUGCUAGAGCGAGACGUCAAUGACAACAAGAAGAUCGGUAACUAUGGUGCCCAGCACAUCCUUUCUGGCGUCCCGAGGGACUCUGUGACCAUCCUCACACACUGCAACACCGGCUCCCUCGCCACCGCCGGAUACGGGACUGCACUGGGAGUGGUACGAAGCCUCCACACGUUGGGCAGGCUGAAGCGUGUCUACUGCACAGAAACCAGGCCGUACAACCAGGGCUCUCGACUAACAGCGUACGAGGCGGUAGCAGAGGGAAUCCCCGCUACGCUCAUCACAGACAGCAUGGCGGCCCUCACCAUGAGAGAAAUGAACAUCACAGCUGUGGUGGUGGGAGCAGACAGGGUAGUUGCCAACGGAGACACGGCCAACAAAGUGGGAACGUACCAGCUAGCCAUUGCUGCCAAGCAUCAUGGGAUACCGUUCUACGUGGCGGCGCCCAGCACCUCAUGCGACCUAAGCCUGGAGAGCGGCAGGGACAUCAUCAUCGAAGUUCGCCCGCCUGAGGAACUCACCAGUAUUAAUGGAGUCACCAUUGCCGCGCCAGGUAUCGAGGUGUGGAACCCGGCAUUUGACGUGACUCCCCACCAGCUGAUCACAGGAGGCAUCAUCACAGAGUUGGGGGUCUUCCUGCCCUCCGAGCUCCAAGCAGCCCUCACUGGCCGCCUCACUGCUCUCUAGAGCAUUACCUGCUGGAGUCUGUGCGCCACGGCACCUUAACACACACACACACACACACACACACACACACGCUCCAUCAUGAUGUGGUUUCCAUGAUAAAAACAGGUUUUUCUCACACACACACAUCCACAAACACACACACACUGCAGGGAGUCAAAGAGACAUGUGCAGCCACUUUCCACAAUUCCACGAUGUUCCUAGAAUUAGUCAUACGAUUCAUGACAGUGUGUCUAUUCAAAAGCGACGGAAGCACAUUUACAAUCACAACCGAGGGGAAUUUUAAUUUGUACAAACUGCCAACUAGACUGUUUUUUUAAUUUAUUUAAAUGUUGGGCAUCCGAUCAGCUUUGCUGUCCACUUGUAAAUACACGUGCCCCUGCUGGUUGCGUGUACAUAAUGUACAAAAUGAAGCCACUGCUAGUUUUAAUCAUCAUAAUGUUAUAUUAACAUUCACGUCUGUGUUGCUGUAGACACGUUUGUAGGAGCUUCAUCCACGUUUCUAGCUGUAAUAUCAACAGGCCUGUCACCAUAACUAAUUUUGCUGGAUGCUAAUUGGCCCACAAAUUAUUGCCGAUAAACGAUAUUAUUGUCAACAUUAUUUUCAGACCGUUUUUUCAUGAAUGUAAUGAUAAUACAGUGGUGUGAAAGUGUCUGCCCCCUUCCUGAGUUCUUAUUUUUUUGCAUGUUUGUCACACUUAAAUGUUUCAGAUCAUCAAACAAGCAUAAAUAUUAGUCAGUGACAACACAACUGAACACAAAAUGCAGUUUUUAAAUGAAACGUUUUAUUAUUAAUGGAGAAAAAAAAUCCAAAGCUACAUGGCCCUGUGUGAAAAACUGAUUGCCCCCUAAACCUAAUAACUGGUUGGGCCACCCUUAGCAGCAACAACUGCAAUCAAGCAUUUGCGAUAACUUGCAAUGAGUCUCUAACAGCGCUGGGGAGGAAUUUUGGCCCACUCAUCUUUGCAGAAUUGUUGUCAUUCAGCCACAUUACAAACUGCAUUUUUCGUUCAGUUGUGUUGUCAUUGACUAAUAUUUAAAUUUGUUUGAUGAUCUGAAACAUAUAAGUGUGACAAACAUGCAAAAAAAAAAAAUCAGGAAAGGGGCAAGCACUUUUUCACACCACUGUAUAUGACAUAAUAAUGCAAGGACACCGUAUUAAAAGCAACUUUAAUUUUAAUUAGAGUAUUUACCAUUGUAAUUGGAAUGUCAAGAGCUUUCAAAUAAAAAACAAACAAAAACCCCCAAUGAACAUAAACUGGACAGAAAUUGCACUAAAAUAAAUAUCACAAUAUUUCUGAUUUUGAAUCAGUGUCACUUUCGUUGUGGCAAACAGUGCUCUUAUUUUGAAAGCCGGAAGUCUGUUGUGUGUGUGUUGAGAGUGUCCAUUGACUGUUCAGACGAGCUGGGUGCAAGAAUAAACGUGACUCGUCUUUUUAACUCAGAACCUGCACGUCGUCAGCGGGCGUUGUAAAACGCUGGCUUACAUUAAAGCGGUAAAACACAACACGUCGCAAACACUCAUCCAGCCUGAGUCGCACUAGCAUGCUCUGCUAAACUAAACUAACCCAGCUAGCUUCCAUUCACGAACCAUAAGAAAGGAGCUUCCAAGUUUUUUCGCCACCAGUUUGACGUGUUUAGUUCAGGAGAGUGUGAGUUAGUGUUUGGGCUGAGAUUCCGCCACGACUGAGCGGUCCGCCGGGGUGAUACUUCACAUGAACGUUCCUCAUUUCAUUCACAUUAUGUCACUUUGCGUGAGAUUCCGCGUUUAAGAGUAACGUCAAUUUAUCGACUUUGUUUUUAUGUAUCGGGCAAUUCAUUGGUUUGUUGAUUAACGUGACAGGACUAAAUAUCAACAACCAUUUUUUUUUGUUUGUUUGUUUUUUUGGUGUUGCCCGUGCAGCCACAUUCUGAGCAAUGGAAUUUCUUAGUGGUCCCUGAAGAGACGCACAGCUGUGUUUAUACCUCAUGUCAUGUUUACAUCCCUUACUUUAUCAUACCCGACUCAUUAUACACUACUCACAAAAAGUUGGGGAUAUUAUUUUAGCUUCAUCCUGGAAUUUCACCCCAAAAUCUUUUUGUGCGUAGUGUGUAUGUAGUAGUGUAGUAGUACAUAUGUAGCCAUGCUGAUGUUCACAGUACAGUACUGCACUGGACACUCUGUAGAAUAAAGACUAUAGAAAAGAGAGCGUAUCAACAAAACAGCUUUAAAUUACACACAUAUAAAACACACACACUCAGCUAAUGAAGGAAUAAACGAAUUUAGUGUGAAGACGGUCAAUUAGCCAUUCAGAAGCCAGGGUGAGUGAGACAUCUCUACUUUGCGCCUUCUUUUUUUUCCACUGUUUGAAAAAUAUGACGACGUAUUACAUUUGUGUCACUGCAGACUCACGCUGACGAACACAGCAAACACCAUUUAUAGUCCGUUAACAUAAACACUGCCAAAACUGGUGCGCACUGUCCAAAAGUGAAUUUUCAUGAAAAAAUAUAUGAACAAAGAGUCAAAGAAAAGAGGUGUGAAACUCUUUGUUUUGGUACUUAUGUAGGCAUUCUUUGCAUCGAGUGAACGCCCGGAAAUGACAAACAAUCACAAUGUAAAGUUGGAUCCCUUCAACGAGGACUUUGUUCAAACUUUCUUUUCGUGAUCAGCUUGAGAAAUUAAAAUCAGACAUAAUGCUUUUUGUCACAAACUC